AUGCGGCGCGCGAGGAGGCGCGGGCGGGGGCGCGGGAGCGCGGCAUCGAGGGGCCGGCCUAGCUGGGGCCCGUGGCCCUGCGUCUUCUGGCUGCGACGGGGGUCCACCGUCUGCAGCCACCGGGCAGGGGGCUCCCGAGGGGCCGGGAGGCGAGCCGGGGCCCCCAGGCGGGUGUGGGCAUCGUGUCCGCAGCCAGCGUCCCCGAGGCCGCGCUCGGGCCAUGACCACUCGGUGAAGUUGCGCUGCGACAGCGCGGCCGACUUCUUCCAGCGCUGUGAGGACCUGUGCGCGCUACAGGACCCGGUGCCUCUGCCCGCCUUGCGCGCUUCCCUGCGGGAGGGCCUGCUGGACUUAACGCCGACCGCCUCCGCGUGGGGUGGAAUGGGCGCCGCUCCUGAGCACCCUCUGCCCCUGAUCUGUAUCCAGAGCUUCUUCCAGCUACGGCUUGUCAAGACAGGUUGUGACAGAAAUAAAGUUUACAGAAGUCGUGUUCCUGCGAUAAGAAAUAAAGAUGUGACCUUCCAGUUGUGUAAAGCUCUUAAAUGCUGUGUAAGUGCGUCGGGUGCGCUAAGGAACCUGGAGCUAAAUGGGCUAGUUCUGAGAGAGAGAGACUUAACUAUGUUAACAAAGGGAUGGACUAAAUCAGCCAGUUUGGUGCACCUGUGUCUUGUGAAUUGUCCAAUUGGAGAUGGAGGUUUAGAAAUUAUUUGUCAAGGUAUAAAGAACUCUAUCACUCUUAAGACAGUGAACUUCACGGGGUGUAAUCUGACAUGGCAGGGAGCAGAUCACAUGGCCAAGAUCUUAAAGUAUCAGAUUAUCAGAAGGCAUGAAGAAACCUGGGCUGAGAGUCUUCGUUCCAGGAGACCUGAUCUUGACUGUAUGGCUGGUUUGAGGCGCAUCACUCUGAACUGCAACAUGCUCAUUGGUGACCUGGGUGCAAGUGCUUUUGCAGAAUCUCUUAGUGAGGAUUUAUGGCUUAGAGCACUUGACCUGCAGCAGUGUGGCCUCACCAGUGAAGGAGCAAAGGCUUUACUAAAGACCCUUGAAACCAACAGAACUCUGGUCGUUUUGGAUAUAAGAAAAAAUCCACUUGUAGAUCAUUCUGUGAUGAAAGCAGUUAUUAAUAAAGGUCUCCAGAAUGGAAGGAGUGCCAAGUCAGAGUACCAGCGGAUAACUUCUCCAUCGGUGAAGGAACCAUCCAAAGCUGCUAGACAGAGAAAGAGAACUAUAAUUUUGGGAAGUGGUCGAAAAGGAAAAGCUACUAUUAGAAUUGGAUUGACCACAAAGAAACCUGUAAGUAAUGGAAGGAAACACUCUGCUGGUAAAGAAUGUUAUGCUCCUGAACCUCUACCACCUGGUGUGUCUGGUUUCUGGCCGUGCCAUACUGCAGAACGUGUGAAAAGCAACAGGUAACGUGGCUUUCCAUUCAUCAAAGCUCGUGAUGUAUGUAGGCAGGUGCAGGUAUGCCCAUCAGAAUUUCCUGUGACUGUGACAGUAGAGAGUCCUUCCUCCUCAGAAAUCGAAGAGGUCGAAGAUUCCUCAGAAAGUGUUCAGGAAGAGCCAGAGAAAAUCAGUUUGAAACAAGAAGCAUUGCAGAUGGCAGAGAGCCAUAAGCUAGCUUCAGAGGUGGGCGCGAGCUCUGGCUAUCAUCUCGGACGCCAGAGGUGGGCAUGGACCGCUACCACUACUGACGCUGCCACCAAGGACCCUGUGUGCAAGUGCAGGUCACUACCUACACCCUCCCGGAAGCCUGUGCAGCAUGCCGCUGCCAGGGUCCCUUGA